AUGGACCGGUACCAUGACGUGAAGAUUCUGCUGAAAAACUGGGAGCAAGACUUUGUCAAACUGCACCUAAGGAAACCCAAUAAGGAGGACAUUGAUCAAGCUCCAGAGGAGACAAAAAAGUUGUAUAAAGAGUACAGAAGUUUGAAACAGAGCAAUGUAAACAGCGGCAGUAAAAGCAGUGGCUCAGCUGAGAGCACAGCCGAAAAGGACAAUACAUCCUCAAAGGACACUGAUUGUUGGGGUUCCCACUUGAAUCGUAAGUCACUGCCGGUGGCUGCUCUAAAACUCUCAUCAGAGGAAAGGGAGAAUCUGAAGGCCUCAGCACAGUACUACGGCCUUAAGCUCAAGUCUAAUUUAGUUGCACUUGGAAAGGAGAGGCCUGUGUCAUUAAAGAAAACUCCCAAUCGAACACCGCUGAACUCCUUAAAAGAUGGAGAAAGAAACAGUCCAGUUUCUACUCCUAAAAGAACACCUCACAAAGCAUUUUCCAACCCUUUUUCUCCAAGGUUUAAUAGCUUUGGGUCCCCAGCUUCACAGUCUAAUCCUUCAGAGGAGACUAAAGAACCUAAAGAACCUGAAGAACAAAUGGAACCCUUUGCUCCUUUUAUUGAACCAACAAACUCCAGCAAUCCAGCAGAACCGAUCCCAGAUGAGGACGAGAAAGCUAAAAGUACCAAACGGAAGGGUCAAAAGAGGCAGAGGGGAGACGAAGCCGGAGCUGAGGAAGAGGAGUCAGGAGCCAAGAAGAAACGCAGACGUAAAAAGAAAGAGGUGGAGGCCGAUGUUGACGAGACGACUCCAAAACCAGCGAGAAAACGUCGACCCAAAAAGAAGGGAGUGGAAGAGGAAGAAGAGGAGGAGGAGGAGGUGAAGACGGAGGAACCUAAAAAGCCGCCGCAGGAAAACCUGUUUGGAGAGGUGGAGGACAAUUUUGGAGCCAGAAAACUGUAUCAGCCCGGUUUGAACAAGCCAAAGAACAUGAAAACGGAGGGAAACUUUGUCAAAAUAAACCUGAAGAAGAAAUCCCAUGUGAAAGGAUAUGCUCUGAGAGGAAUGGCUCUGAGGCGACAGAUGUACAUGGAGAAGUUCCAGCUGAAGGGAGAGCGAUUCGGGGGUGGAUUUGGAGGUGGAUUUAGAGGAAGACGAGGAGGAUUCAGGGGGUCGAUCAAUCGCCAAGGAGACACCUGCUACAAGUGCGGGGGCACGGGUCACUGGGCCUCGGACUGCAAGGGCCGAGCCCCGCCCCCAUCGACACAAGACGAGCCGCCCGCCGAAGAUGAACCCUUUGAACUUCCCACUCUGGAGGAAGUCGCCCGGGCAACGGGGACGCUCAAAUCGGAACCUAUUGUUUGUCAGAGCAAGACUGAAGACUCGACUCAGGACAAAGAUGCAGACGGUGAGAAACAAGACGAGAUUUUGCUGAAUGUGAUUCGUCCGGACUAUGAGCGCCCACCGGUCCCGCCGCCGCUGGAGCCUCUCUUCCCUCUGAUGGACAAUGGGAAAGUUCAAGAAACACCAGCUGAAGUUUUCACCGGCCUCAAAGACUUGGGUUAUUCAUCUUUCCGAGCUGGGCAGGAGGACGCCAUCAUGAGGAUCCUGUCUGGUCUUUCUACACUGGUUGUGUUGUCAACAGGAAUGGGGAAAUCCCUGUGCUACCAGCUGCCGGCGUACCUGUACUAUCAGCGCUCAAAAUGCAUCACGCUGGUUAUUUCACCCCUGGUCUCUCUAAUGGAUGAUCAACUUUCUGGAAUAUCUCCAAGACUACAGGCUGCUUGUAUUCACUCGAACAUGACGAUGAAGCAGAGAGAAGCUGCAAUUGAAAAGGUGAAGGCAGGGCAGGUGUGUGUGCUGCUCCUCUCUCCGGAGGCUCUGGUCGGUGGCGGUGGUUCAGGGUCUGGCUGUCUUCCUCCAGCUCAUGAGCUCCCCCCUGUGGCCUUCGCCUGCAUAGAUGAGGCUCACUGUGUGUCUGAGUGGUCCCACAACUUCAGACCCUGCUAUCUGAGGCUCUGCAAGGUGCUCCGGGAGCGUCUUGGUGUGCGGUGCUUGUUGGGCCUCACAGCUACAGCCACUCUGUCCACGGCGCUGGACAUCGCUCGACAUUUGGACAUCAACGAUGAAGACGGCAUCGCUGUGAGGUCUGCAGCUGUGCCUCCAAACCUCAACCUCUCUGUGUCGAUGGACAGAGAGAAGGACCAGGCUUUGGUUUCCUUAUUGAGAGGUGACAGAUUUGGAUGCCUGGACUCCAUUAUUGUGUACUGCACCCGCAGAGAGGAGACCACACGAGUUGCUGCACUGCUGAGAACUUGCCUGCAGGGGGUGCUAGUGAAAGAAAACCCUCAUAUUACCAACAGCAAUCCUCAAAACAACCCUGUUGGACAGAAAAAGAAGGAACUAGCAAAGAAGAAGAUCCGCAAACCGCUGAAAUGGCAGGCGGAGUCGUACCACGCCGGGCUGUCUGGGUCAGAGCGCCGCCGCGUCCAGAACAACUUUAUGUGCGGUGAGCUGAGAAUCGUCGUGGCAACCGUGGCUUUUGGGAUGGGACUGGACAAAUCUGACGUCCGUGGGAUUAUCCACUACAACAUGCCCAAGAGCUUUGAAAGUUAUGUUCAAGAGAUUGGACGAGCCGGACGAGACGGAGAGCCAGCCCACUGCCAUCUGUUCUUAGACCCGGAUGGUGGGGAUCUCCACGAGCUCCGGCGUCACAUCUACGCAGACACUGUGGACUAUUACACAGUGAAAAGGCUGGUGCAGAAAGUCUUUCCUUCUUGUAAAUGCAAACAAAUCCACCAGAAACAACAAUUACUCAACAAGGACAUAGAGGACUCCGAGCUUCUGGAAAUGAUGGAGGAGUGUGAGCAGGAGAACGGUCUGAUUGAGAAAAAUACACAGUCUACAAAUGACCAAUCACCCGAUUCGGGUAAGACACCACCUGUUGAAGCAGACGCCCCAGAGGCUGAGCCUGAGCCUGACGCCAGAAAGGACGAGCCACAAAUGGGAAACGUUCUUUCAAAUGGAGGCAGUGACAUCAGCAAAGACAAUGAAGAAACUGUGGUUUUCGAGUGGCCAAAAGAGAGAGUUUGUCACAGCCACGAGAGAGCCAUUCCGGUCCAACAAACAGUGGAGACUUUGGACAUCACAGAGGAAGGCGUUGAGACGUUGCUGUGUUAUCUGGAGCUUCACUCGCAGCGCUUUGUGGAGCUUCUUCACCCCACCUCGUCCCAGUGCAAAAUUGCCUGCUACAACGGACCACGGCAACUUCAGAAACUCACAAAAAUCUGUCCUCCUGUGGCUGUGGUUCUGGCCCGCAUGCGCAUGGCGGGACAGCGGGUGGAGGCUCUAGACGAGGUGGAGUUUGAUGUGGUGGAAGUGGCCGACACGAUGGGCUGGCAGCUCCCUCUGGUGAAGAGAGGCCUCAGGCAGCUGCAGUGGAGCUCCGUGGGGGGUCGCAGUGGUAUUAUGGUGGAGUUUUCGGCGCCCUCGUUUUACUUCCGUUCCUACGGUGACCUCAGCGACGAGGAGAUGGACCAAGUCUGUCAGUUUCUCCACAGCAGGGUUCAGAGCCAGGAGGCCACUCAGCUCUACCAGCUCACCUCCAGCUUCAAGGCCUUCAAAAGUGUGGCGUAUCAAAAAGUAACUUCCUGUGUGGAGGAUUUGGAUGCAGCCCGCAGUCUUCAGCUCAAAAGUCUUCUCUUUGAAUAUUUUGAAAAGAGGAGAGAUCAGCACCACACCCUGGACCCUUUGGAAAUUGAGGAUCUUGACAAAUAUAAAAUGGUGGACUGGGAAGGACAGAUCCGAGCCGACAUCAGGAGUUUCCUCUCAAACAGAAGUGAUGAAAAGUUUUCUGGUCGAGCUGUGGCCAGGAUUUUUCACGGCAUCGGGAGCCCGUGUUUUCCCGCCAUCGUCUACGGCAAAGACCGACGCUUCUGGAGGAAAUACAUCAAGUUUGACUUCAACCACCUGAUCCGGCUGGCCACGCAGGAGAUCAUCAGAUUCAAAUGA